AUCUAGAAUACUCUACGGUCAAACAAGGCCUCACGAGUCGGGUGAAGGUUCUAUGGAAAAAGGAAUCCCCCUCGAGUUUUUCUCCUUGGCCUCCGCCACCAUCCCCAUUCCCCCGUAGCUCCCUGCCGCCCUCUGCCCCUCGCCGUCGGCCUCCUGGAAGACCUCCAACCCAAGCGACAGAGCCCGCAAACAACCCCGACGUCGUCCGGCCCCGAGCUCCCUCAGGACCCCCUCUCUUCCGGCCGCCGCCACCAGCAGCAAGAGGGCAUAAUGGAGGGACCACCUGAUGGUCAAGCUUUUUUGGGCCCUGAAGCUACUUACCUCAACAGCUCUACUACAUCUGUGGAUACAACUAGCAGCAGCUCACAGCAUGUAGCAAAACUCCAGAAGCUGCUUUUUCGGAGAAUGCUGAUCGGGGUGAACGAUGGACGCUAUUUCCUUGGGUUGUUUCACUGCAUCGACAAGCAAGGGAACAUAAUCCUUCAGGACGCAGUGGAGUACCGAAGCGCGCGCCAUUCUCCUUCGCCUCCAACAGAACAGAGGUGCCUUGGGCUCAUCCUGAUCCCCGCAGCUUGCCGUUUAUCUUGCCAUGUUGAUUGCUUUAUUGAAGAGCAGAUGUCUCUCCUGUCCUUGGACAAGUGAAGGAUGUUUUUGAUAUUUUUCUGCUCUCCCAAGCAUAUAUAGCUUAGACGUAUUUAUGUCUGGAAACCUUCUUACGGUGACUUACUUAAUUUGUAGUCUUCUGUCAUGUGAGAUUCCCUGCAUAUUUUGUUAUUCUAGCUGGAUGACAGAUUUCAGUUCAAUAUAACAAAACUGAAAGUGCUAUACUUCUACUGCUUAAAUCUUCAAUCAGUGUGACUGGCUGUGAAAUCGA